AUACAGUUAAUAGUAUUUUGUCAUAUAAGUAGAAUUACUUUAUCUCAAUGAUAAAAAGACUUGAAAAAAACACAUUGCCACUUUGAAUUGCCAUCAGUUCACUUUGUGUUCCCCAAUUGUAGAUUAAUCAUGUCACUCCUGAAUUCCUAUAAAGUAUCACCCCAUCCUUAUAUCUGUGGAAGAGCUGAGUUUAACAAUGUGACAUCUUAUAAAGAAAUAAUAAUUCCUUCAGUUGGCUUCCAAGCACAUUCAUACAUGUAGAAGGUGGAAAAGAUGGCACUCUAUAGCAGGGCUUUCUAAACAACUGCAUUUCACUGACUGUGAGCUCAAAGUGGGGAGCAAUUGUUUCUAUAACUAAGGGAGAAAUUUUUAAUGCUUAGCCCCACUAAAGGAGACUGAAGCUGGAUGGAUAACUCAGUGGGAGAACAUGUACCCUCUUCCCCCCCCAAAAAAAAAGAGAAAGUAAUGGAAUGUCUGCGUGGGGAAGUGCUGUGUGGGAGUCAUUAGAGAUCUGCAAGGAGGCCGGGCAUCUUCCCAGGGGGUCUUGUAGAUUUCCUUUGAUACUGUCUUUACUUUCUCUCACAAUGCUGAUGUGCACAGUAGUUCUGUGCUAAGCAGUGUGCUUAUUUGGGAUUAUCUUUACCUUCUCCUUUUCAUUUUUACUGUGGUAAACUGACAUCUGGGAGAUGCACGCCACAAAAUGUGUGCAGCACAGUGGGUUUUCACAGCCUGAGCAGCCCCACCUUUGGCCUCCAGCAUCGCCAGGUCCCUCCCUCCAGCCUUGAGCCAGCCCACCUUAGAGUCAAACUGUCCUGACUUAACUGUACUUAAGACUAGGUCCCAGCCUCUUGAGUCCUCUACUUUUUACAAACUGAGGCCUUCCCUUACGCCUGACAUCUUUCUUUGAACAUGAACAUUUUGAAAACUCAUACUGUUGCAUGUAGAGUGCAUUUUAUUGCCAAUUCAUGUUGCAUUGUGAAAUACCAAGAUCUCCUCAUCUGUCUUAUCCCUGACAGUCAAUCAUGUUGUUCCUGCUUGGGGUUUUACAAACAGUGUCAUUAUACAAUGUCUUGAAAUGCCAGGAUCAUGGGACCCUUAGAGACCACCAGGAGACGACUUGAUGCAAAGCAAGAGAGCUUUAUUACGAGAGCGAUUGAACUCGGAACCCAAGUCUCACUGACACAACAGUAGAGAAGUGGGACCCUGAGCCCUGAGUGAGCAGGGUUUUUAAAGGGAAAGACUGUAGGCAGGGGGUUUCCAUGACAGCAAGUAGGAGGGUUCAUGUUUCCAUGAGAGAAAGCAGGGGGGUUCAUGCCUUGAUGUUAUAGAAUUGGGUAAUCACAAUUGCCAGGGUGAUUGUCUCUAUUUUUUACUAAACGUUUAUUCUGUAAAAUCUUCUGGAGGCCAUUGCUUGGAGAGCUAACUUUGUUUUCUGCCAGGUGCACAUUCUGUGAUAUGUCCUGGUACCUGAGUUCAGCUCCUGAUUAAGAUGGCUCCUUAUUUCAAAAUGGAGUCACCCAGGCUAACUUAACCUCUUCAGUCUGACACUCACAUUUCUGUCAAGAACACUUAGCAGGGUCUCCACCUUAACGAAAACCUGGGGUUUCCUGAAAUCCCAUAAAACAUUUGUUUAUGUCAGUAGCCAUGUUCAUAAGCCUCAUAUGGAUAAGUUCUAUGGAGGAAAAAAAGGGGAGAAUGUGAUUCCAAGCUCCAGACUUCUAAAAUGUCAAGGAGGAUUGUACUUAACUUCCUGUGGAGGGCGUUAGCAUGAAGCCAAGCUGCAGACUCUUGGCUGGUAGACUUUGAGCGUGGCGUCAUCUCCCUUCUGGGAGCACAGAUAUUAGGUGACCGUGGGCUGCACCUGUUAGUGUGCUCUGACGAGGAAUGGGAACGCACAGGAGAGGAGGGGAGAAGGUUGUGUGCUCCUGCAGUUAGGAUAACACCAUGACUCGAGUCGGUUGGUUGGUUGAUUGAUUGAUGAUACUGAGACUCGAACCUACAUCCUUGCUAAGGCUGGACAAGGCUCUGCUACUGGAUUGGAUCUCACCCAGUGUGUCUUUAGCUGAUUUUCAGCUUUAUCUUUCUCCAGGUCUAAGGUGAGAAGUAAUGAUUUCACUGGAUCAUGAGUGAGGCCAGGAUGAGUUUUAUGAGCCAAGCAGAACUAUGUGGGAUUUUUAACUUAGUAUCACUAUUGUUUAAAAUUGCCAAAUUUGAAUAGGAAGGAUUUAUGAGUAUUUAUCUUUCAUACUUUUUCCGUACUCUAAAUUUUACUUAAUGCAUACAUAAUUCUUUUUUGUGUCUGACUGGAUCUCGCUAUGUAGCCUGGGCUGGUCUGGAGCUCACUGUAGACCAAGUUGGCCUUGAACUCAGAGAGAGAUGUCCGUCUCUGCCUUCCAGGUCCUGGGGUUAAAGUCUUGGCCUGACUAUGAAGACAUCUAUAAAAACAUGAUCGAAGUCGCCGUAUUUUUAGACUUGCCUCGUUUCCCGGACAUAAGCGAAGACUGCUACCUCCACCCCAACACCCUGUGUAUGAAAUACUUGCUGGAGGUCAAUCUCCCUGAGGAAAUGCACAGUUUAACCUGCCAAGUGGUAAAGUUGACUGGAAUCGGAGAAGUGGAUUUUCUGACGUUUGAUCCUAUAGCUAAAAUGAAAAGGACAGUUAAAUAUGAUGUGCAGGCUGUAGCUGUCAUUGUGGUUGUAUUGAAACUGCUCUUUUUGCUGGAUGACAAAUUGGAAUGGUCUUACUCGGAUCUUGCUGAAGCAUAUAAUGAAGAACACAGAGAAGAAAAGCCACAGUUUGAUUUCAGAAAAUGGUAUCAAGUUAUGAAGAGAGCUUUUGAUGAGAAAAGACGAAAAUGGGAAGAAUCAAGGGCCAAGUACUCUUGGAAAACCCGAAGGCCGCUCUACCUCUCCCACGUCGACAAGUCAGUCGCGUAUAAGAAAAGAGAAAUGGUGGAAAAUCUUCAAAAGCAAUUUAGUGCCCUUGUUGGUUCAACACCCAUGGUUGAAAAGAAGGGCCCUUCGAGUUUUCAGUUCAACUGGACCGAAGAAGACACCGAUAGCCCUUGUUUCCAUGGCCAUAGCCUCCAGGGACUCUUGAUGACAAAAGGCCAGUCCUUGAUAACCAAGAACUCACUGUAUUGGCUCAGUACCCAGAAGUUCUGCAAAAGCUAUUGUAAACAUGUGACAACCUAUGAAGAAUCAAAUUUUUCUCUGAGUUACCAGUUUAUAUUAAACAUUUUCUCCUUCUUACUGAGGAUAAAGACUUCCACUCUCCAUGAAGAAGUGAGCUUACUUGAAAAGAAACUUUUUGAAAAAAAAUACAAUGAAUCAAAAAAGAGGUCAGGAUCCAAGAAAGGAAGAAGACACUAAGAAGGCAGAGAGACUUCCCCUGAAGGUGCUCUAUGGUAUAACGGCAGGUCUUAGUGCCGUGCUCCAGGGGACUGUGUGAAGUACAUUAUUGUACACGCACACGUAUUGACAUGUGCCUUCAUGUGCAUUGUAAAAUAGGUGCACUUUGAAUUAUUUUCAUAACUUCUUUCCUCAGAAAAUUAAAACUUGUAUUUAUUAGACUUUAAAGCUAAACUUUAUAUAACUUUUUAUAAACUUUAUGUAACUUUUUUAUACUUUCUCUUUCCAUUAUGAGAACUAGCCAUGUAAUUCAGACUUAGAACUCAGUGUGCAGCUCAGGCUAGCCUGGGACUGGCUAUGGUAGCCCAGGCUGGUCUCAAUGUAUCUCCAUCUUGAAUCUGGGAUUAUAAGCAUGUACCAGUAUAAUUGGCUUUAAAUUUACUUCUUAGAUUAGAUUAUUCCCUACUCUUUAUAAAGUUAAUCUGAGCUAAAUCAAAGAGUUAAACAAUAUAUGCAUUCACUUACACAUAUGUGUAGGUAUUUUGAGGAAACAGUAUGGGUGUGUCCAUGACCCUGGGAUGGGAAGACCUUCUAACCACAUCUCAAACCCGGAAGCCAGAAGAGAAGGUGAGCAGCACCACCACAACACACAGCAAACUGGCUGACGUAUCUUAGCAUGCUGGGGGCAGAGGAACAGUUUAUUAUGUAGCAAAGGUGCUUGCAAAGCAAUAGGUAAAAGACUAGGGAAAUCCAGAGGUCUAGCCACGGAGACAUGCAGUGCUCUUGCCACAGAUUGGACUGGCAGGUGCUUUAAAGAAGUGUAACACCUAGUGAGGAUAUUGGAAAGGUGUGUGUUCCUAUUCGGAGUUCAUUCUCUCAGUGAACAUGGAGAACUGCCAUGUUCUGCUCACAACCUAGACACCAGAGGCACACAGCAUUGAACAACCUGUCUGCUUUAAGGGCCAUAUGAUCUAGUUGGGAGCUGAUAGUAAGUCAGUGUGUCUUAAGAGAAAUCAAGCAGGAAAAAGUAGGGUAACAGUGAUAAGAAGAGAUGCUCUACAAAGCAUGACUGAGGGGUAUCUCCUAGGGAGGUGAUAUUUGAACAGAGACCAACUUUCAGGAAGUACAGCAGAGGGAACAAGCUGUGUUACCUCAGGGAAUCAUUCAUGACAGAGAGACCAAGCAGAAAGGCAGAUUCAAGAAUAGCCAGCUACUGGCAGUAUCUGGAGUAGAGGGUGGGAGGAGAGUACAGUAGAUGGGACAGGAGAGGUGGGCACAUCACUCAAAGCCAUGGUAAUGAUUGGGCUUUUUAUUUCAAAUUUGUCACAGGAAGCUUUGGGGAGAGUGCCAGAGCCCACCGUCAGAGUCAAACAGUUCCCAAGUGGGGAGUGAGGGUUAAAAGAAAAUUAAAAAUAACACAUUACACGCAAGAUUGAGAGGGCUGCCAGGAGAAACUGUUGCACAUGGUUUAUUCCACAAUUCCUUUUUAUAGUCAGGGCAAAGCACCUCGAUACAAUGAAGGGGUUCACCAAGAAGUCAAAUUUGUUUACCUCAACCACUUGUCUGUGUGACCCUCACACAAACAAAAGGAAGAGGAUCUGGCAAAACACCCUGCCUACCCCUGUCUUCAGGUGAAGGCCAGGGCGAAAACAUGGUUUUUUGCUGAGAGUGUUCCACAGGAAAGUAUAAGGAAAAGCCUGAGGAAAUGCUUUUUAUGUUUGCUGAGUUUCAGGUUUUGUCUUAGAAAUCAGAAAUUAAUCUUGUCCUUUUUAAAGAAAUGCUUUUUGGCAUCUCUGAGGUGAUCCCAUGGUCUCAUAUUACUAAGUUUAUUUAUUUUAUUUUAUUUUAUUUUAUUUUAUUUUAUUUUAUUUUAUUUUAUUUUUUUGAGACAAGGUUUCUUUGUAUAGCCUUGACUGUCCUGGACUAGCUUUGUAGACCAGGCUGGCCCAGAACUCAGAGAGACCCACCUGCCUCUGCCUCCUGAGUGCUGGGAUUAAAGGCACACAUAGGGCUUUGUUUUAGUCAGUUAAUGUAGUAGUUUACAGUGACUAAAUUUCAAGGGUUGAACCAACCUUGCAUUCCUAGGAUACCCCUUUCCUGGCCCUGAUCCGUCAUCUGUUUUGUAUAUUAAGUUUGAUUUCUGGAAAAAAAAAUGGUUAUUUUUUUAAAUUUGUUUGAGACAACAUUUUGAUAUGUAGCCUAGGACUACCCUAGGUGAGCUGGGAUUAGAGACAUACCUGAUAUGCUAAAAUUUUGUUAAUAAAUUUGUUCUCUGUCCUCUGAGGGACAUUCUGGA